GCUCUCUUUACCUGUCACCUACACAUUCCACACCGACAUAGCCCACUCACCUGUCCAUCAUACACAAAGCCCCUCCCACUUUCUUCCCUAUAGAUUCUAUGUCAUUGCUCACUUACCUGCCCAUCCUAACCCAGCUCCCUAAUACCCCAACCGGCUCCAUGGACCGAUCCUGAUGUAUGGAAUUCUCAGCACCGACGUUCUAUCCCUAGCCACCAUUACCGGGUAGUGUGUAGUACACGCGCACUGCUUGACUGACUCCCGAUAUCCAUAGAAACAGAGCAGGCAGAGACACUAAUACAGGAGCCUGGCUGGGACGAGUCUCUGCCAUAUACGGCACUGGCAAUAAUGCAAUAGAUUCUCUUUUUUUUUCUUUGCAUGUGAGAUCAUUCACUAACCUUAUUCUCUCAGAAGGGUAAUGAAGAUCUGGAAGGAGAGCCUAUUACCCCAGCUCACGUGUUGCAGUGUGCUCUGAGCAUUUUAUAUGCACUCUUUCCUCUAUUUUAUAUUAUAAAUACAUAUAUAUUUUGGGUUUUUUUUUUUUAUUUGUUUUUUUUUUGCGAAGAGAAUUUCCAUAAACCAGCAGGCACACAUAUAUAUUUGUUGCAUCCGUUUGGACCCCCUGGCAGGACCUGUGAGCUGAGAUCCAUUGGAUCUGGAAGAUUUCUCCUUUGUCUAGUGGUGCCAAUAAAUCCGCAAAGCUGUAUCCGACUGGUGGAUCUCUAGAUUUUUCACACAUUAUGAUGCAAGGAGAUGGUCGGAGGAGAAGAAAUGAGAAUUAUUUUGACGAUAUACCUAGAUCGAAGCUUGAAAGACAAAUGGCUCAGAGUAAAUAUGAUUUUCAGACAGGAGAUUGGGGAGAACCUUCUAUCAGUCUCCGUGCUCCCAAUGAAACUACCGGUUCCAUGCCAUUUCAGUAUUGGCAGCAUCACCCCGAAAAGCUCAUCUUUCAAGCAUGUGACUACAAAGCAUAUGGUAGGCUGUCACAGUAAAAAGAGCAUGCCAUUUGGGGGAAAAUAUGGACCCAUAUUAAAACCCGUUGCCCACCCCCAGUGUUCCUGGUCUGAGAUGAUAAAGUAUUUAGGUUCGAUGCUGAUAAAAGAAUUAAGAGGGACUGAGUCUACACAGGACGCUUGUUCAAAAAUGAGGAAAUCAACAGAGCAAAUGAAAAAAGUACCCACUAUUAUUCUGUCAGUUUCUUAUAAAGGAGUAAAGUUUAUGGACGCAGCAAAUAAGGGGAUCAUUGCAGAACAUGAAAUUCGUAAUAUCUCCUGUGCUGCCCAGGACCCUGAAGAUCUCUCGACCUUUGCCUACAUCACAAAAGACUUGAAAUCCAACCUCCACUACUGCCAUGUGUUUACAGCAUUUGAUGUGAAUCUAGCGUAUGAGAUCAUUUUAACACUUGGCCAAGCUUUUGAAGUUGCGUACCAGCUAGCACUUCAGGCUCGAAAAGGAGGCCAUUCUUCUACACUACCAGAAAGUUUCGACAGCAAGCCUUCCAAACCUAUCCCCAAACCUCGUGUUAGCAUUCGAAAGGCAACGAUAGACCAGCCUGAUCAAAAGACACUGGCCAAUAUGCCAUGGAUUGUUGAACCUGGACAAGAAACAAAAAGGGGCAUUAGCACCAAGUAUGAAACCACAAUCUUUUAAAGAAAUAUUAAAAAGUCCUCUCCUCCUUGGUGUGCCUUUGUACACUCUCCGAAGCAACUUCAUCAUAGAAAUGGCAAUCUCUUCUGCAGAAAAGAAGAAGGCACUGUUAGAGCGAGUUGUAAGACGUCAUGAAGUUAUGGCAUUUUCAAACACAAACAAAAAAAAAACCACAAAAAAAUAUACAAAAAAAGACAAAGAACUGCCAAAAAACAGACUAUAUUUUUGAUGAGUUUUCUUGUAAUCUCUAUUACAGUGUUCUUUUUUCUUCUUUUUCUUUUUUUUUCUUUUUAGCCUUUUGAACUUUUCCAUGAGAA